AUGGCCGAAGUGGCAAUUCCGUCUCCCGGGCUCUUUCAGUCAGACCACGGGGGCAUAGGACUGGAGUCGCCUACGUCGAAAGGCUUUUGGGAUGCCCCUAGCGACAGGUCCGAUGCCGAAUCUGCCGUAGAUGAACACUUCGACUCAGUGGCAUCCGCUCCUGGUCUUGAAGAUCAUCAGAGUCAAGAAAUUCAGGAUAAGGCCAUAUCCGAGAACCCUUUUGACAGCAAGGACAGCAAAAUUCUGUUUGAUGCUAUAGACAGACUGCAGUCAUGCGGAGUCAGCCAGGAACUUGCGAUUCCUCAGCUUAUCAUUGCUGGCGGUCAAUCGGCAGGGAAGUCGUCACUACUUCAGAGUCUGACAGAUAUACCCUUCCCAGUGGGCACGGGGUGCUGUACUCGCUUUGCAACAAGGAUCGUCUCCCGCAGGACGGCUCCCGAUACCGUCAGCACGGUCAGGAUCACCAUUGCCGAGCCCGAGGUCCCUGAUCGUUUUGGAUAUCCUGAAGACCACUCCUACAGGGACUAUGUCUACACGACUGAUCGUCUCGGAGUCGAUGACUUCAAAAGGGUCAUGGAUGAGAUCUCGACCCAAUACAUGGGCAUUCGACGCGGAAAAGGCAAAGGAAAGAAGAACUUUGCCACUCAGGUUCUUCGCAUCGAGCUUUCAGGGCCUUCCCGAUCUCAUUUCAGUAUUCUCGAUGUGCCCGGACUUAUAUCAAAUGCCGUCGCCGUGAACGAGUACGAGAUGAAGGCAGUGAACAAGAUGAUUGACGAUUACAUGAAACAGCCUGCCAACAUUGUUAUCUGCGUGGCCGACGCGGUAACAGAUCUAGCACGCCAAGAGAUCUUCAUGAAGACUGCUGUGGUAGAGAAAAAACGACUCGUCGGGGUUUUCACAAAGUGCGAUAUGCUGCACGAUGCAAGCGAGAUUGUCGAUAUCGCCAAUGGUACUGGCGAAUACGCCGACAAGUCCAUGCAGGAUGGCUGGUUUGUUGUGAGAAAUCGAUCGGCGAAGGAUGGCGACAACUUCAAUCUCCAAGAAGCUGAGAGUCAACUAUUUGACCAGCCUCCUUGGAACAAAAUAAACCCAAGUCGUCGCGGCUCUCAAAUGCUGAAGAGACACCUCGGGAACCUCCUUUGCGCUCGCAUUCGAGACAACUUUCCUACCAUUCGAGAUACGAUAUCAAGGCUGCUUUCGACAGCCGAGGUCUCCAGGAAGAGCCUUGGAGACCCGAGGCCAACACACAAUCUUCGCCAACAAUACCUGAGAGACAUUCUUCAAAAGUAUUGCAAGAUCACAAACAGGGCACUCUACUUUCCCGGGUUCCUCGACGAUGAGACCGUGAGAGUGAGAGCCUUGACUCGCAGCGCCAACGAGAGCUUCACCCAGGCAAUGAAAGAGGGAGGCCACACCUUCGACUUCGAGGACCCUGACAUCGAUCCUAUAAAGGAGCUUGCCAACAAAAUGUCAACCAACUAUCCACCCGUUCCACCUCAGCAAUCAGAUCCCACGGUUACUCCUCCCACUACACCUCCAAGAAAAGGGCGUGUGGGACAAGCGAAAGGCGUGAAAGAUGAAACAGCAGCGUCCUUUGCGAAAGAAAUCCAAUCUCAGCUCAAAAUCUGGCAGACAACUGAGCUUCCUGGUCUCAUCAACACUGAGGUUAUCCGGGUCUUAUUCAUGAAACAAUCAGAAUUGUGGGAGCGCAUUGCAGAGGAGCAUAUCAAUGAGGUCGGCAGGUAUGUCGAGCACGCAGCCGACAAAAUCCUUCGGCAGGUCUGCUCAAGCAGUGGCUGUGAAAUCAUUCAGAAAGAGCUCUCGGCGGUCAUUGCUCAAUUUCAGCGACAAACGAAAGAAAGGGCUCUUGCAGAGUUGAGAGAGCACUGCCGGCGCGAGAGAGAGUCCCAUCUGCAGACCACGGAUGUGAGGUUCCAGCAGAAACUCCAGGCUUUCCGCAGUCUUCGGCUGAUGAAGGCUAUCGUUUCAUAUCCACCCACACAAGGGUAUCAUUCCGCCGAGGAUCAUUGGGCUGCCAUAUUUCACCUUUUCCACCAUUCUGCGGAAGAAAACAUGGUCAAUGACGUCCAUGAUGUUGUCAAGGUGUAUUACGAGAUAUCGCUGGGUAACUUCAUUGAGCAUGUUACUAGUAACAUUACUGAGAGCUUCAUAUCUCACGAGACAGGACCUCUUAGGGGUCUUUCAACAAAAUGGAUGUUCACAUUGACGGAAGAAGAGGUUGAGAAGCUGGCUCGGGAGGAUGAACACAUCGUCCAACAGCGACAUGAUCUCGACGAGGUAAUUGAGAAGCUUCGAACUGCCGAUGGAAUUGUAGAGAGUGCUCGUACCCAGACUCGCGGCUUGAGCGACAUCUGA